CCCUCAUCCACAGUGGAACGCCUAGUUUGUAAUCCGAUCUUCGGACCUACAACGACAGUAAAAACGAGACUUGAAUCCCUAGCUAUCUCAUACUUCUUUAACAAAAAUCACUUCAAAAUGUCGACGUUAAAAGUUGGAGUUCUUUCUAUGGGGGACAUGGGCGCCGGCAUUGCCCGUUUCCUAAGAUCCAAGGACAUCCAGGUAGCGACAAACUGCCAGGGCAGAAGCGAAGAUACAAUUGAACGAACAAAGAAGGCAGAUGUUGAAAUGCUUCCCUCGGACCUCGAAUUGGUACAGCAGUGCCAGGUCAUCUUGUCCAUUGUCCCACCCAAAGAUGCCGUCGCCACUGCUCAACGUGUUGCAGAUGCGCUGUCGGGAGGUUCCGCCAAGGAUAAUGUUGUAUUUAUAGAUAUGAAUGCUGUGGCCCCAUCAACAUGUCGGGACAUUGGCAUUCUUUUCGAAAAGGCUCGGGUUCCUGUCACCUUUGUCGACGGCUGCAUCAUUGGAGGACCGCCCAAGCGCAAAAACGACACUGAAGCAACCAAAAGCGAAAUUGAUAGCUUUUCGUCCGACUCAGAAUGGGAGAUUCCAAACCUUCCCCUCUCUGGACCCGAAUUUCUAUCUAAGCUGCCUGACGGGGACAAACUUGGCAAGUUUCUGGGUUUGAAGAUAUUCUCCGAAGAUGUUGGCGCUGCCAGUGGACUAAAGAUGUGUUUUGCAUCUAUGGCCAAGGGCUUCACCGCUAUAGCUACCCAAUCUUUUGCUACGGCGCAAAAUAUGGGCGUUCUGGAUGAGCUCAAAAUUCAACUAAAAGAAGUCAUGCCCAUAAACCUGAGCAUGGCGGAACGAAGGGUACCCGGCAUGCCGCCCAAGGCUUACCGCUGGGUCAAGGAGAUGGAAGAGAUUGGAAAGACAAUGGAAGAGGAAGGAGGUUGGGAUGCACCUAUAUUUAAGGGAGCCGCAGGCGUUUACAAGGCCGUAGCGGACGAUAUGGUCUUGGGUAAGGAAAAAAUUGGCAAACGAAGCAGAGGAACUACCCUCGAUGACGUGGCUGUUUGCUUGGCAGAAGGACUGCAGCGAAAGAAGAAGAAGACUGAUUAACUUU